GAGUCCCAACCAAGUCGUCGUUCCUGGAAUUCCCUACAUAUCAGGAUGGCACCCGGUUCCCGCGGGCGCAAGAAUGCAUCUAGAAAUUAGGCGUCAGAUUUCGUCUGUGUAUACAGCGAGAUCACUGCCCUCUACCUAUUCUCCCUCACACCCUUCCUCGUUUUCCUAGUGCGCUCGCUAAAAUGGUCUUCUAAGUCAGGCGCAAAACAGAGCUCUUCAAGGUCCCCAACUUUGGAGGGAUUCCGAAUGUGUACUUUGGUAAGCUUACAAUUCUUUCUAGUUCUCUCUCCCUGUACUAGAAGGCAUAUUCUGCUCCUGUCCUUAUGGAGGGCGAAACAACUCUUACUUUCUCUCCCUCACACAUCAUCUGGUAUCUCUUUAGCCGACAUCCUUGGAACCGACCCCUCAGCCUUAACCACCCCCGACAAAACCACAUCGACAAGCCAAACAACCCAUGAAGCAUUAAUCAAAAAUCCAAUCGUAGGCUCUUGGUUCCGCAUGGAAGCUGGUCCCGAGGCGACACCACCGACAUACGAGUAUGACGAGCUCGGCGUUGUCAUCGAGGGCGAGAUCACGCUCCGCGACGAAACAGGGCAGACGACGAUAGUCAGGCCUGGCGACGUGUUUUUCUUCCCGCGCGGGAGCACGAUUACUUUCUCUUCGGCGUCGUAUGGGGCUGCGUGGAAAUGUGCUAGGAGGAUUGGGGAGGUUACGAAGUUGUGAGACUAGCUACUUACAAGUAUGUUCAAUGCAUAGUUAAGAUAUUAGGGAUACUACUUAGGUAGAAUCCGAAGUUCUAGUACUUCUGUGAAGAAAAGAAAACGAGG